GUCUCUGCGUUUCACACUUGGAAUGUGGCACUCUUUGGUUUUGACUUUGUUUGGAAUCUCCACUUUGGUCCAGGUGUCUGUUCAGGGCCCUUACCAGAGGACUCUGUUAAAAAACUUGCUGAAAGACUACAACCGUAUGGAGCGACCAGUAGCCAAUGACUCACAGCCCCUCACAGUCGUCCUUACUCUCAGCUUGGUGCAGAUCAUGGAUGUGGAUGAGAAAAAUCAGGUUCUCACCACCAAUAUUUGGCUUAACAUGCAUUGGUAUGAUUAUUAUCUGCAGUGGAACCAAUCAGAAUAUCCAGGAGUGAAAAAUCUUCGAUUCACCACUGAUCAAAUUUGGACCCCAGACAUCUUGCUUUACAACAGUGCUGAUGAUGACUUUGACUCAACCUUUAAGACCAACGUGUUGGUGAAUUCCAGCGGCUACUGCACCUAUCUGCCUCCAGGUAUCUUCAUGAGCACCUGUAAUGUGGAUGUUCGCUGGUUUCCUUUCGACAUUCAGAAGUGUGAAAUGAAAUUUGGCUCCUGGACAUUUGACGGCUGGCUGCUGGACCUCCAGAUGACCGAAGCUGAUAUUUCUGGUUACAUGCCUAAUGGAGAAUGGGACCUAGUGGGUGUGCCUGGCACAAGGAAUGAGGUUUUCUAUGACUGCUGUAAGGAGCCGUACCCAGAUGUGACCUUCGUGAUAACCAUCCGCAGGCGAACGCUCUACUACGCCCUGAACCUCCUCAUACCUUGCGUACUGCUCUCCUCCAUGACCCUCCUGAUCUUUGUGCUGCCUGCCGACUCUGGAGAGAAGAUCUCACUGGGUAUUACAGUUCUGCUAUCACUAACAGUCUUCAUGCUACUGGUGGCAGAAAUUAUGCCUGCCACGUCUGACUCCAUUCCACUCAUAGGGCAAUACUUUGCUAGUAUAAUGAUCAUCGUUGGUAUGUCAGUCAUAGCGACUGUGGUUGUUCUACAAUAUCAUCAUCACGAUCCGAAUGGGGGAAACAUGCCUAAAUGGGUCCAGCUGGUUCUGCUCCAGUGGGUUGCCUGGUUUUUGCGUAUGAAGCGCCCGGGUGAGUGUGAAGACCCUGAGCGUCCUCCAUGUGCUCCCCAUCUUCGCCGUUGCUCUUCAGGCUCCCAUACCGGCAGCCUUCCCAACACGGUUGACCACCACCAACACCACCAUUUGCCUGCCACUCUACACCCACUCCACCCCCAGAGCCUCUUGCAAGCAGCAGGCCAUGCCAACCACCUGCCCCCACAGGGUAACAGUGCUAACAACAAUGGCAACCUGCUCUACACUGGUUUCCCAAGCCUGGAUGAAGCCUCGCCGCCUCCACUGUUGCCCGACCCGGCCCCAAGGAACAGCAUAUCAGGUGGUGUCACUCGACCAGGGUCUUCCAGCCCGCCACCCCACUUGCCCUCACAUUACAGCAGUCCACCUCCGCCACCAACGCCAAACUUGGAUGCCCCUGGAUGUCCCAGUACAGUCUCGGGUGGUGCUGGUGGUUGUUCAUGUUCAGCAGCCAGUGGCAGUGGAGGAGACCCACAGCUCCAGGCUAUCCUGGACGAGGUUCGUUAUAUUGCUGAGCGUUUCAGAGCCCAGGAUGAAAGCGACAGUGUAACAGAGCAGUGGAAGUUUGCAGGGGCAGUUAUCGACCGUCUCUGCCUUGUGGCCUUCAGUGUCUUUAACAUCAUCUGCACCAUCUCCAUCCUCAUGUCAGCUCCCAACUUUGUUGAAGCUGUUUCCAAGGAUUUCAUUUGAAGAGACACAAAUGAAUGCACAAUGUUUAGAAGCAGGAAGUCUGUCUGUAACCAGGAAAUAUCUCAGAAUGUUCAUGAAAAACCUUCAAGUUGUGGGAAACAUAAAGUCUAUUAAACCAUAGGACUCUAUAAUUUUAAAUACUAGAUGGUCAUAUGGACAGAAAUUGGACUCUUUUUGGCAAUAGAACCCAGCCUAACAUUAACCUCAACGACGGGAGAAAAUGGGAAAGUAAAAUCUCAUUCAAAAAGGAUGUAAUGGUCUUGUCAUGAUAGGAGAGUACAAGAUCACUAUGAAUUCUCAAAAUAUAUUUUGAGAAUGUGCAUGUUCAGGUGUGUUGCACUGAAUGAAAAACAUUAGAGCUGGUAAGAGUGAGCAACAAAAGCGAGGGUGGAGGAGAGGCUCAGGAUGUCUGUGGAGAUGUGCAGGUGGUAGUGACUAAAAACAGAAAAUGUUUAAUGGAGAAGAAAAGAAAGUGAGGUUAAGUGAGAUGCUUUCUUAGCUUCUGCAGCAAAAUACAAUCGAGCAAUGGGUAAGAGAUGAAUACAGAUGUUAGGAGAGAAUGGUAGACAGAGUGCUUGCGAUCAAGAUACUGAUGGAUGGAGAUAAAACCGGAGUUAACUCUCACUGAGAGAAGAGCAGAAGGAUGGGAGAACAAAGACAAAGAAAGAGAGCUAGAAUCAAAGAAGGAGGAAUGAGAAGAUGGAGAAAGGGGAUUGGUUAUUGAUUGUUAUUGUUUAUCGGCAUAAUGAAUGAUAUGAGGCGAAGAGCGUAGGAACAGUGUGAUGGUAGAGAGAGAGAAAGAGAGAGAGAGAGAGAGAGAGAGAGAGAGAAACACGUUCCUGGCAAAGCUGGAAUCCCAUUGUGGGAGAGACGUAAAAUAGAGCAUCUCACAUCUUAAAACACAGCACACAGAUGCUACUUCAUUCAGAGGAAAUAAAAUAACAGACUAGACUUACAUAAUGCAAAGAGGAGAGAUUGAUAGCACCGAGACAAAGAGAUAGAAGACUAGAAUGAUGUCCUUGAGACACACUGAGAAAUGGCACACAGGCACUAACGACACUUUUACAAUCUUCCACACAUUUUAUUUCUCGUACUCACAAUGGUCCAAAGGGGAAAUAAAGACAAAAAACAUCACGGAAUAUUCAAGUCCACACUGGAAAUUAAUAGGAAUUAUUAAAAGUGAAAUGAAUACAGUUGAAUUUCAUAAGAAUGAAAUAGAAGUGAAGCUACAAACGCUAACCCCACACAUUACCCUCUUAGGAACAAUUCAUGGAGUUUGACUUUCUAAAUAAGAAACCAUGAGACCGUUGUUUAUUCAGUAACUGCAGAGUGACUGAUGCUGGAUCACACGCAGUCUCCGACACGCACUGUAGCUUUUACAGGGCUGAAAGCAGUGUGUAUUAAUCAGGAUGGAUUUACUCAAACGCUUAAUGCAGCAAACCAGGAGAAGGAAUCAAACUUUACUGGUUGUUAUAUUUUACACAUUCUAAUAUUCAGUGGCACAUAUUCAUCAGUUUUUGUGACAAAAUAAGGGUAGAACAAUUUGAGAAAUUUUAACAACCAGCAUUUUUUGAUUCAUGAUCAUGAUUAAUUAAUCACAUAUCUAUAUAAACUGUAAAUGUACAUAUAUACACUACCGCUCAAAAGUUUGGGAUCACUCAAAAAUGUUAAUGUUUUCCAAGGAAACACACAUGAAAUUAGUCUGAAUAGAAAAUCUAGCAGAAGAACAGGACAUGCUGACAGGUCAGAGUUAGAAAUAAUGAUUUUGAUGGAAAUGAUGAAUGUUUUCUUCAAACUUUGCCUUCAUCAAAAAUAAACCACCUUUUGCAGCAGUUACAGCCUGGACAUUCUAGCGGUCAAUCUUUCAGGAUAAUCUGAUGAGAUUUCACCCCAUGCUUCCUGGAGCAUCUCCCACAAGAUGGAUUGGCUGAUGGAGUCUUCCUCCAGAGCUGAAAUCAAGCUGAAAUAUGCAACUGAUCCCAAACUUUUCGGCAGUAGUACAACAACAGCAACAACAAUAAUCAUAAUAAACAAAAAAUACACGUUUCUGGCUAAUAAACUCACAUGGUGCUGAUUUAGAGUUUGGAAAAAUAUCUAGUGAUAUGUUUUGGGAAAAAUGUUAUAGAGCCAAGCACAUCAGGAAUAUUCUAUUUAGAUAAUGUUGGAUGUUAUAGCAGGAUUUGAAUAUGAUAGAAUAAUAAAUCAUUCACUUGAGAUAUCUCCUUUUCUGCAUACAGUAAUGCAUUUCCUUUUAUUUCCUUAGAAACACUAAACUCCACCUUAUUCUGACACAUUUUUUUCUUUACCCAUAACUUUUUAACAGACUUUCAUUUCAAAGUAUUUGCAUGAAUAAGACAUUGAGUAUUUUGUACAACAUUCUCAAAUCUGCUCCUGUUUCUGCACAGCUCUGAUGGAUGAAGGCCACUGAGACUCAUUCGGCCAUCAUGUAUCACAGAAGCUCCUGUUGUUUUAGACUUGUUUUUUUCCUUUAAACUCAAAUCCAGUCAGAAAAAAACGAGCAAAGUGUUCACUCACCCAAAACUUCUAAGCGAUUAGGAAAUAGAGCUAGGAAGGCAGCGCAGUUUCCUUUAUUACAGUGAGCACAACUGAUAUCGUCAUGCUGUCCGAGUCGUCCGAACAGAUCGGCUGUAGAUGGUCGAUAAGUAUUUAAAGGCCAAGUUGGUUUCUACAUCCUGUAGUAAGGACUGAGUGUCUUAUUAUGUGUCUAGAUUAGAAAAUCUACAAUCUAUUGAGCUUCACAACACUGAAACGGCAAAUAGGUGGUUUCUAAGGAGCAGGCUGUGGAGGCAAUCAGGCUGGAGUCUUAGUGACUACAACUGGAUAGCCUGUGUUGUAUGUCUGUGCCACUCAAUAACAUCAGUAAACCUUAAUGAUAAAAAUGACAAAAAUUUAGUUUGUCCACUAACUUCCAGAGAACUGUGACUAGACUGAUUUCUGCUCUGAAACCUGCACCCAGAAACCAGACGCUUUACAGAAUGACAGUUAAUGUUAGCUAGGGAGCCAAAUGUUUUGGCAUGGAGAAGUACCAGAACCACAUCAUAUAUAACAAUGAAACAAAACUGUGCAGUUGGAAUUACUUACAUAAGCAAACAAAAUCAUUUAUGGUAAGAAAAAACUGAGCAUGGCAGAGAGAGCCAAGAAAUAGACUCUAUUAAUUGCUUAGCCAUGCAGGUCAAUCAAACAGCUGAUUCAGCAGAAGUGCAACAGCAGCCAUGGUUUGGAAGAGAGUGAAUAUUUCCCAACAGCACAGACUCAGAUGGUGUCCAGUCUCCAGAGAAGGAGAUGUCCAGAAACGUUCAGGACCAUGUUUGUGCUCUUUGUGAAUAUACUGUUUAGUAUUGUGGAGUGUGUGAAUGUGUAUAUAAUUGAUAUUCAUUCAUUCAUUUAUUCUCUCUCUCUCUCUCUCUCUCUCACACACACACACACACACACACACACACAUAUGAAAGAGAAACAUCAUUGUUCUGGCUUGAUUCUGUGCUCACACUUGUGUGUCCCCUGUUGCCAGGAGUCCCAGUCAGCAGCAGCAUUCUCCAGGUUCUCAGGCUUAAUGUGGAACAGCCUUAACUUGAUCUUUAAAUCUCUUUUUUUGUCCUCCUAAGCAUUAGCCAUGGUGUAGCUGUCUGUACAGCACUCCACAGGGCAGACAGUGUGUUAAAGCGUCUUACUAGCAUAUGCCCCAUAUGCCAGCUGGAUGAUCAUGAUUUCAAUACUGUUACAGUCUCCACAAUUAUCUCAGUAGAAGAUUAUACCAAGUGACUCCCAAAAUGCAGUGAAGUUCUGGCACUGAAAACGGGGCUGAUGUUUCUUUGAGCCAGUGUUCAAUUUUGAAGUCAGUGCUGCAGAUCUCACUUAGGAUGCUGCUCAGAUACUGGAAUGAUGGAACAUCUUUGAGUAUAUUAUGAUUGAUGCUGAAGGCAGGCAUGUUGGUUGGGGUUUUCUCCAGACUUGAGAAGCACAUUCCACACAAGCUCUGAUCUGACAGUGUCAAAGGCCUUGAAGAGGUUGUCAAAGGCUAGAAACAGAUUUUGAUGUUCUCAGCACUUUUGUUGACACACACACACACAGC